AUGGGAAAACCAAAGCGCAUGAGUGAGAUGUUCAUAUCGUCGGCCGAAAAAGACGCCAACACCACGACGGUGACUGCGAGCCCGCCGUACUCGAGCGAAGGACCUACCCUUCCCAUCAUUGGGGCACCCGAGGACGCACCGACAGCUGGCAAGAAGCGAAAGGCACAAGACAAGAUCAAUGGAACAGCGUCGAAGAAGCCAUCGCAACCACCAUCUCCUCCCACAAUCCAUCCCUCUCUCUACGAGCCAUGGACACGGCUGCCUACCGAACUACGCAAGCUCCUCGAAACCCAGAAGCGCAUGCGAGCCACACAGAACAUCGUACCCGUCGUCUUCUCGAAGAAUCAGAACAUCAAAUCCGGUAUCAACAGGUUGAAGACAUAUUUGGGCGCGUACAAAGACCCAGCGUCUACAAUCGAGAUGCCGGAAGCUCUGAAAGAGGAUGAUGUGAUCAUAGCUGUUUCUGCACAGGGUGAGGGCACAAUAAAGCUAGUAAGCAUCGUUGAUAUGGUCCGGCGCAUUGUAGCACCGAGUGGUGGAGAGGACGAUAAGCAUGGGAAGGAGGAGGCAUGGUGGAUGUACACAAUGCUCACGAGCGUCGAGGUUGACCGAGAGAUCAAAACCAGGCCGACGGACAAGGACGAUGCGGACGUCGAAAAGGCACCGAGCACACAGAAGAAAGAUGAAAUGUCAAAUGAGAACAACACGAUGAAGAGGAGGAAAACACCCGUGCUAACAGUUUGGAUGACCAAGAAGCGGAUAGCCGCGUUCGGGAAUGUCUUUGGAGAGCAGACAUUCGCUGUGAAGCUGCUAUCACAAGACUCUGACUGA